AUGCCCGAAGCGGUACCGACGGCCACCAGCAAUGCCACCACAGCCACUUUCACCGAGGUGGGGCCGGUGCUGAUCCCAGACCUCGAGUCGUUCCCACCCACGGGCGAGCCCAAACACGCCAAACUCGGCUCGUGGGACUUCUACCGCUCCAUCGGCUCGCCGCGCCGCGUCGUCGCGCCCAUGGUGGACCAGUCCGAACUGCCCUGGCGGAUCCUCUCGCGUCGCUACGGCUCGGACCUCGUCUACACGCCCAUGAUCAACGCGAAGCUGUUCGUCGACGAGAACAGCAAGAAGAAAAAAGUAAAGUACCAAGAGGUCAACUUCAACAAGGAGCAUGGCGAGGAAGGCUCCAGCACGCCUAUCGCCUCGCUGCUCUCGUUGCAGAACAACGGCGAAGGUAGUUCGAGCGACAGCGAUCGCGCGCUGUUCGUGCAAUUCUGCAGCAACGACGCGGAGACACUACUCAAAGCGGCGCAGGUGGUCGAGGACCGCUGCGACGCCGUGGACCUCAAUCUGGGUUGUCCGCAGCACAUCGCACGUCGUGGACACUACGGCAGCUACCUCAUGGAGGACUGGCCUCUCAUCUUCAACAUGAUCAACACGCUGCAUCUCAACCUCAAGAUCCCUGUCACUGCAAAGAUGCGCGUGUACGAGUCGGUGGAGAAGACGAUUGCGUACGCACGGCUGCUCGAGCGCGCGGGCGCGCAGAUCAUCACGGUGCACGGGCGGACGCGCAACAUGAAGGGCCACCACACGGGCUUGGCGGACUGGACCAAGAUCCGCGCGGUCAAGCAGGCAGUGAGCGUGCCCGUGUUUGCCAACGGCAACGUGCUGUAUCCGCAGGACGUUUCGGAUGCGCUGGCGGCGACGGGGGCCGACGGCGUGAUGAGUGCCGAGGGCAACCUGUACAACCCGGCGAUCUUCCUGCCCACGUUGCCUCGAGAGCCGAGUGCGAUGUUCCCGGCAGCGCCGGCGCUGCCGUUCCCGUCGAUCGCGCGCAUGGCCCACGAGUACCUGGAUAUUGUCAGCGCGCUGCACACGCCCACACAGAGCAGUGCGAUCAAGGCGCACCUGUUCCGCCUAUGCAGACCCGCGCUCGAGGUGCACCGCGACCUGCGCGAAACCCUGGGGAAAAGCCGCUUCGACGCCUCGGCCACCGGCGCCCAACGCAUCGCCACGUACCGCGCGUUUGUGCACGAGCUCGAACAGCGCCUCGAGCACGACAUGGUCGAUGCCAAGUGGCUCACUCAGCCAGACCCCCCUCUGCCCGGGUCCGUAUCGUUCCUGACUCCAGCGGGUGAGGGCGGUAGACCAGCGUACAUCCCGCACUGGCUCGCGCAGCCGUACUUCCGCCCCCCGCUUGUCACGGACGAGCAGCAGGGCGAGGGCGACAAGCGUGCGCGCAAGGAGCGCGUCGCCGAGUCCAAGCGCAGCAACGCCAAGGGCGGCGUGCCGGAUGGCGCUCAGCCGGUGCAGAUCGACGACGUACAGACGCAGGCCGAGCGGAAGGUGGCGAGGGCCAGGUCGGGCAGCGCCGAGAGGAGGGGGGAGGACGAGGCGCCGGCGGCGCCGGCGGUGGUGGAGAAGCGAGCCAAGCUGGAGUGA